AUGUUCUCGAUCAUUUGUCGCGACUCUUACGUCCCGAAUCUGAUGACCAAAACCUACAGCGAGCAGCCCAUGGGGCAGACCAUUUGCAACGAUUGCCAGGCCGAGACUGAUUUUGGAAAUCGAAUUCUCCAAGGCGAGCACAUUGCCGAGCCAUUUCCCCGCGGCGGCGCUCCUCAACACAUGAUAGAUUGGUUCCGUCAAUUGAGCUUGGGUGACGGAAUGAGACCGAUUGACGUCUCCGGCAUGGUUCACAAAGAGAUUUUUGCCGAGAUGGAAUCAUGGCUGUAUUUUCUAAAGGAGGACGUGGCUCACAGAGCACAGGCAAGUAUCGCUAAGAUUGAGACAGAGCUAGAUGAAACUCACUGGUGGAAUCGCGCUGGAAUGGACGAAGAAGAAGAGUACGGCAUCACUCCAGGCUAUGGUAAUCACUCGGAUGAGGACGAGGAUCAAGGCGAGGACGGCAUGAGUUACGAGGGCUUUGAUGGCCGCUGGCAUGGCGAUGGGACUCAGGCUGAGGAAUGGGGUUAUGACGCCGCUAAUUAUACCUGGUGA